AUGCGUUCAUACGCUUUAUUAACUUUGGUCGCACCGCUUGUGCUCGCAUUACCAGCUCCAGCACCAGCACCGUUGCCAUUUCCAAGUCCACAGACGAACAAUCAAGAGACUAAUGUUCUUACCGGUCUUUUAGCAGGUCUUGGGGGAGCAGUUGUAAAUUUAGGAAGUAUACUGGACGCAAUUCCAGCGGUUCUAGGUGAUUUGGGAACUGCUCUUGAGGCUGCGGAUGAGGUCGUCAGCGCAAUUGAGAAUGGCACAAUAUUAGGAACGGAUGUCCCAGCGGUGGUCCAAAAGCUUUUCAAAGCUGCGAAACCAACAGCUUCACCAACAACGUUAACGGAUGCUGUGAACUUGGAGGCGAAGGCUUGGGGUGCUACGAAUCCAUCACAGGCGCCACCGACUUCACAGAAUAUUCUGGGUAAUGUUUUGGGAUUGUUGUUGAAUGGAGUUAAUAACGCGGAUAUCACGUCCAUUGCCAAUGGUUUCGCCAUGAACGUACCACUAAGCAACAACAAAGCCGCCUCUCCAAACUUCUACAAAAUACAGACCCUCCUCGGAAACGCGCCAUUCUCAGUUCCCGAAUCUCAACUCCUCCAAGCAAUCUACAUCCCACCAGAAUUCACCGGUCAAAAACAACCCAUCAUUUUCGUCCCCGGAACCGGAACCAUAGGAUCCACGAACUUCCAACCCAACAUCGGAAAACUCCUCUCCCAAUCCACAAUCGGCGACCCAGUCUACCUGCAAAUCCCCAACAACCUCCUCGGCGACAUCCAAACCUCUGCCGAAUACGUGUCCUACGCAAUCCAAUACAUAAACCAACUCACCUCCAAAAAGCCCGCCGUUAUAACCUGGUCCCAAGGCUCCCUCGUCUCGCAAUGGGCCUUCAAAUACUGGAAAACCACACGCGCGAUGGUCACGGAUCUCAUCUCCAUUUCCCCUGAUUUCGACGGCACCAUCCUCGCACUCCUCCUCUGUCCCGGUUUCGCAUCCGGCAACGCAUUCGCCUGCACAGAAGCGGUGUUUCAACAAGUCUACAACUCGAACUUCAUCACCACGCUCAAAAGCAACAACGGAGACAGUGCUUACGUCCCUACAACCACCGUUUACACGGCUACAGACGAGAUCGUGCAACCCCAAAUCGGUAACUCGGCGUCUGGAUUCAUUAGUGACGCGCGCGGUGUCGGGACGUCAAAUACUUUUUUACAAGGCGCAUGUCUCGCGCUUCCAGCAGGCACACUGUACGGCCACGCCGGCGUGCUAAUAAAUCCGACAGCCUAUGCGCUUGUAGUAGACGCCCUCACGCACGAUGGCCCGGGCGAUUUCAACCGUGUGACUGCUUCUUGUGUGGAUGUUGUGGCGCCGGGGAUUGGGAUUGGCGAUGUGCUUGCGACUGAGGCGUUGAUUCCGGAGGCGGCGUUGAAUAUUCUGAGUUAUUUGCCAAAGGUGGCGGCUGAGCCGGCGAUUCGGGCGUAUGCUGGUGUUUAUGGGCAGUCGUAG